AUGCCACUCUGGGUGUUCUUUGUGAUCCUCACCCUUACCAGUGGCUCCCACUGCUUACUGCCCACCUCACUGCCCUUCAGGAUGAGGCGAUAUGCAGAUGCCAUCUUCACCAACAGCUACAGGAAAGUUCUGGGCCAGCUGUCUGCCCGCAAACUGCUCCAGGACAUCAUGAACAGGCAGCAGGGGGAGAGGAACCAGGAAGGAACCAGAGUACGGCCUGGCCGGCAGGUGGACAGCAUGUGGGCGGACCACAGGCAGGUGGCGCUGGAGAGCCUCUUGGUAGCCCUGCUGCAGAAGCACAGCAGGGAUUCCCAAGGAUGAAGCCUUCAGCAGAAGCUUGGGCCACCCGUACCCCAAACAACUGGACCCAGUUACUUCCACUUCAGUUUUGACUUUCUCCUUCCUCUGUAAAUACAAUAAAAUUCCCUAUCCUGA